UGUACCGUCCCCUGUCAAAUGCACAACCCAUCAGCCUCCGCCUCCCUCCGCCUCUCUAAACCCCAGGACGAACCCUAGCUUCCCAGGAGCACCACCCGAAGACCCCACAAGAGAUCUCCGCGCGCUCGGUCCGGUUCGGUCUUCGGAGCUCAAGACAUGGCGGAGGAUGCACCAGUUGAGGUAGCUGCACCGGCUCCAGCACCAACUCCGGUUCUUGGCGAGCCCAUGGACCUGAUGACUGCCCUGCAGCUUGUGAUGAAGAAGUCAAGUGCUCAUGAUGGCCUUGUCAAGGGGCUUCGUGAAGCUGCAAAGGCAAUUGAGAAGCAUGCUGCCCAGAUUUGUGUGCUUGCUGAGGAUUGCGACCAGCCUGAUUACGUGAAACUUGUGAAGGCACUCUGUGCUGAGCACAACGUUCACUUGGUCACCGUGCCUAGUGCUAAAACUCUUGGCGAGUGGGCUGGGCUUUGCAAGAUUGAUACUGAGGGUAAGGCAAGGAAGGUCGUGGGCUGCUCAUGCGUCGUUGUCAAGGACUAUGGUGAAGAAACAGAGGGUCUUAACAUAGUGCGGGAAUAUGUGUCUUCGCACUAGGUGCAGCCUUCCAUUACGCGGAUCAUUCAAGAUGCCAUUAGUCUGAGUUUAAAUUUGUGUUACGUUCUGGAAUUUAUUAGGUUAUGAAGAUUAUGAUAUGUGAUUUUGUCGGCUAAAAGUUUUGUUUAUGGUGUGGGAUGUUAUGUCUAAUUGCCAGAGAUGCAGAUCUACAUAUUUCCUUUUGCCGGUGAUAUCUAAACAUAAUAUACUGUUCACUUGCGUAUGAAAGUUAUCUAGACAGUCUUAUAUCCUGUGUUUAAAGACCUUUUGUAACU